AUGUUCACAAUUCGAACGGCCGACAAACAUUUUGGCACCUGUUUCGCUUUCACACCGGAUGAUGGGCUCAUAACUCCUGGCGGUUACCAGUUAAUUCAAAUCACAUUUUGUUCACCUUCACUAUUGGGAGAGUUCGAUGCAGUGUUUGACUUCGUAUUUGAUGGUUGUCCCGAACCGAGGCCCGUGCGAUUUCGUGAGCAGGUUGUUGAGCUUGGUUCCCUUCAGCUCUCAACCGGUUCAGUUAAUAAUCUGGCUACUCGAUUUUCCUCGGAAAAAUGGAUCGAUUUGAAGAACACGUCGCUGAUUCCGAUGGAGUUUGCACUGCGUGUUCAGAAAAAGUCCAGUACACUGAUCGGUACCGACUGUCGGACUCGCAGCUCACCAGAUUUAUGCGCGAACUCAGGCACACACUUUGAGAAGGACCGGACAACUAACAGCGCCAAUACCCGGAGGGUGCGCUUUACGGACUCGAAUGAUUUAACUGUUCAACCAAGCGCUGGUCUCAUUGAUCCAGUGAGCUCAACAAACUUUAUGAUCUCCUGCAGUCCAACUGAACUAGGUUUACAGGAAUAUGUGGUGGUGAUUGACGUGGUCGGUGUUGGCCAAGCUAUUGAGCAAAUUCCUGUCAAGAUACGAUGCGUGUGUCCAUCAGUCAGCAUCAGUCCAAAGGAACUAAACCUUCGCCGCUGCUUCCUGCGCCACCCAUAUCCCGUUACUUUCACUUUGACCAACGAAUCAAAACAUCCAGCCAGUUUUCAGCUCACUGACUUGAUUGCAUCAAAGAGUGGGAAAGAAGAAACAGAAAAUGAGAAUGAAUUGGAGUACUCUGUGACACAAACAGAGGGUAAAAUCGACGCAUUGAGCACCGUUUUCCUCCCAAUUGUAUUCAAGGCCAGAUCGCUGGGUCAACUGGAACGGAAUGUCAAGAUAAAGAUCUGCGGGCUGGAAGAGAAUCCACUUAUUGCUCAUGUUUCGUGCACCGGAGAAGGACCCGUACUAUACAUCGAACCCACGUCUCUGAACUGGGGCACAAUUCCAGUGCUGGAAGCUUCAGAUAAGACAGUGAAAAUCACCAAUGAGUCAGCUAUCCCGGCGUCUUUUACCAUUCGGAUGGUCGCUCCAGACAGCAUUUUUCGCGCUAUUCCGGAUGCGGGUGUGGUACCCCCACUGGGACGAGUUGACGUGACGAUUUCUGCUGUCCCAGACGAUCUGAUCACGUUCAAAGAUCAGAUGGAGGUGACAGUUUCCGACACAUUAGCACCAAGACAGGUAAACUUGAUGGCUACUGGUCAGGGGUGUACUUUUGUCUCUGACCCUGUCAUGCCUGAGACCCUGCAUUUGGGCACGCAAUUUAGUGCAAGACCUGUGCAUGCCACUUUUCAUCUGACCAACAAAGGUAGACGGACUCAACAACUCAUUUGGACUAUUGAAGGACAAUUUGUCAGAAAAUCUUCUCAAGGAAGCUUGAAGGAACCGUACGAUACGCUGAAAACACAACUUCAGACGUUGAACAUAAAGAACGAUUCUGGGAUACCACUGACCUGUCGUCUGGAAAUAUCUGAGCCCUUCUAUUUAGUCGUGGACGGGGCGUGGAUUUCACAUCAGGUACUCCCUUUGGAUGCAAACGAAAUGAGUGAUCUUCAAGUCUUGUUUGACCCAACCUAUAAAGAUGAUUUGCACAGCCGCCGGAUUGAGAAACUGCUACAGAUUACAUAUGAGGAGCAUCCCAGCAUGAAUACUGUCCAGCUGUUUGGCGAGGUCCACUUCCCAAAUCUGACUUUUGAUACAGAAGCUGUUCGGUUUGGAUACAUUCUCAAUCACACCGAGAUUACUCGUCAUGUGCUCAUGACUAAUUCAAGCCCGCUGCCCGUUAGAUACCGCUGGACCUUUCUUGUUGGAAACGAAGCUAACAUUGUGUUCCGACGUCAAACUCACAUUCAGGAACCAUAUCUAUCACCAGUACAUUGGCAUAAAGCUACUGAUGGAGAUGCAUCAAGGGAUGGAGCAGAAGGUCCUCUAGAGGCCAAAGAAGAAGAUUUGAUAGACAGUAGCCUUCAAGGACGAACUGGUGUUGAUUCACCGAGCCUGAGAAUCAACGCAAAUGAAGCGAAUGGUGACGAACAAUCAGGGACACCAAAAAAUACAAUUCUAGAAGUUCUCCUAGAACAAGACCAUGAUGUUAUCCCACUCGGGAUUGAGGAGAUUUUUGAUAUCACGCCUGUUUUCGGGGAACUUGCACCGGGUGCAACCCAAUCAGUUAGUUUCGUGUUUUACGGACAUGCUGAUAUCGAGGCCAGUGUGAGAGCUAUUUGCGAGGUCGAUGGAGGCCCCACUUACACUAUGGAAGUUAGUGGUGGGGCUUCACAAAUAAGUUAUCAUCUAGACCAUCAGGUAGUUGAAUUUGAGCCAUCCCGGUUUGAUCGUACUGUAACACAAGAGCUUGAACUGAGUAAUACAGGACGGGUUGAUUUUGAAUAUGCUAUUGGUCCCACUGGCACCACAGACGGUGUGCUCAAUGUAGCACCUGCGCAGUUGGAGGAAUACCAGGUGAACACCGGCCAAUUGACUGUUGAACCUGCAACCGGAUAUUUAGCCUCUGGAGAAACGCGUUUUAUUCGCAUAUCCUAUCUGUCACGUAAACCGGAAACCUUUGUAAAAUAUCUGCAGUUACAAGUGGGGCAUUUUGAACCGCAAACCAUAAUAGUUCGGGGAGUGGCUGACUUUCCCCGUGUAAACCUUGACUUGCCGAGGUUUUAUUCACUUGGACGGUCAGAAGAUUUGAAAUUAAGAAGAACAGAUACAAAACAGGAGUCAAACGGUAUUCAUGACCUGACGGUCUUUGAAUCAAGCAUGGGCAAUUUGCUGAAUGCUCUAUACGGAGGAGUUCAGGAACUAGUAUUCGAGUGGGAGAAACACAGUGAUGUACCUCUUGUAUGUUCUUGUCGUACGACCGCAAUGAUGCAACAACGUUUGCCGGCCUCAGAACACCAACUUACACGACGCAACGACCUUGAUCCAAUNCUCUUAUUAAAACUUCCUAGCUACCUGCUCGAUUUCGGUGUCGUGGUCUUCGGUGCGGUAGCCAGACGUGUCGUUCGGACAAUUAACACCGGCUACGAGCCAGUCAGUUUCCGCUUUGACCCACCAAGUUUGAAACAUGCUGAACAUAUGGGUUUCACUCCGAGCAUAAGCCGCAUUCGUAAUUUGCCUGGAGCGCCCGAGCAUGAUUGGAUUGAAUGGGAAAUCGCAUUCGAUCCUAAGGGAGCUAAUGUCCCCACUGGACUCGUUGAGACUAAACUAAUGAUUAACGUGAGUCUAGUUGCAAUCAGAAAUCAAGUUUCCUCGGAAAUCGCAUUCGAUCCUAAGGGAGCUAACGUCCCCACUGGACUCGCUGAGACUAAACUAAUGAUUAACAUACUCCAUGGGCCGCUGAUCCCCAUUCACCUUCGGGCGCAGGUUGUGGUACCAGUGAUUGAAGCACACCUAAAGAAUAUCAGCUUUGGACAAGUUCAACGAGGCGAGGCACGCUUAAUGACAGUUCAGCUAGAAAAUCCUUCUCCAGUUGCUGUCAACUGGUCGCAUGCUGUCAGUUCUCCACUCAAUCGCAGACGCAUCCUACAAGUUGACAAACAUCCUGCCUUCAAUCCUCCUGUCUUUGAGAUUAUACCAAAACAGGGCAAACUGGAAGCUGGCGAGAAGACCAAUGUUCAGAUCAAAUUUGCACCGACAGAACAAAAAGCUUACGCCGAAAAAAUAACACUGAAACUCAGCGAAUCCUCCGAAAUCCUAUGCAUUCACUGUCAUGGACAGGGAGUUGAACCCCAGCUAACGUUUGAAAUGACAAUGAUACGAUUUCCAGCAUGUCUACCAUUUUCACAAGACAACGAUUGCGUCAUCACUGUGACCAACCCGUGUGAUUUCCCCAUCGAAUUUUACUCAACCGAAUUCGAUCCAAUUUCGUAUGAGCAAGACCAAAUACUUCGAAGCUUGGGUGGAUACGAUACACAUGGUCUGCUCUUGUUGCCUCCUAGAAAGCCUGGCGAAGGACUUCCAGAAGAACUGGUCUCGUACUAUGAGCAGUUAACGGCAAGGGAAAUGGAAAAGAGCAGAGACGGCAUUGAAGAUCCUGAAGACUCCGAUGAGGAUGAUGAUGCCUCAUUCUUAAGGGUCGACGACGAACGAAAACUCUCGCGGACCACUACUAGCCUCACAUCGGCGGAAAUUGUGGCCACGACAUUUAACAGCAACGUCUCCAAUUCGCAAGUGGAACCCAUAACACCAGAUCUACUUCCCGUGUCUCUGGCAAUUUCGCGUUAUCUCGGUGUGAAUCAACCUUCAGAGACAAUUAAGAAAUCUCAUAAGGCCGGAAUAGCCAUCAUUGUUCAUGGUCCACUGGCAGCUCUGAGAAAACCCUUUAUUCAGAAUCUGGGGAAGGAGUAUCAGUCCACAGUACUGUCGGUGGAUCAGAUAGUUCUCGAAGCGCUUGCAACCAGCUUUAGUGAGGCAGCGAAUCGAGCACGUCAGUUGUGCAUGGAGGCAGGGCGUAUCCACACCAAAACCGAAGGUGUGAUAUCUUCAGGUUCGUGCGAAACUGGCCAGAAGCCACCCGAUAAUGAUGAAGAACCAGUGGAGCAUUCUAUGGGAAAGCUUGAGACGUCAGUCGUAUUCCAGCAGCGGCAAGGGAGUCGUUUCAUGUACUCCACCUUGCUACCGGAUGAUGUAAUCGUUUCUCUGAUACGGGAACGUAUUUCGGCUGGCGACUGUCACAAAAGCAUCCUUUUUGACGGACUAGACUGCAGUUUCACGAAGAGCAGAUUGGAAACCGCAAGGCUCAUAUUGAAAGCUCUACAAGAUCGACAGUAUGUUUAUGCGGUCAGUGCUAUCAGUGAUUUUGCCCACUUCAAAGCUUUGGAAGAACAAGUGCUGGCUACUCAGACAGCAAUGCAAAUGGCACGUGAAGCUGCUCGUCAGAAGUACGCAGAUGAGAUAACCGAAUCCGAAUACAAUGAGUUAUCCGAAGAAGAACGGCAGGAAGUAAAUGAACUUCGCGUUCGUCCCCGAAAGGAGAAAAGGCAGGUGGAGUUGGAACAGCAGCGCCUAAGAGAAGAGCAAGAACGCAUUGAACAAGAGGCAGAGUUGAAACGUUUGGAAUUGGAACAACGGAAAGGUCGAAGGUCAUCAGACAGGGUGCCUGGGGUAACUAGGCCCCAGACAACAACAGCAGCGACAACAACAACAACAACAACGGCAAAGACGAGCGAAUCGGGAGAUCAGAAACAACCGGCUUCAGGCUCUGUGAUGACAAGUCUUGCGGACAGUUCACAAACGGAACGACUGCAGUCACAGCCGGAGAGCAGGCGCAGAUUAUCCCAUGGGUCUGGUAGACAACGGCAGGCGGUAAACGAAGAACCUGGCUCGAAUGAAAGUGAUCGUCUGUUGUAUCAAAUAUUCAAAACAUUCAACGCGGAAUUUCCCUCAAUUUGUGCACUGUUUGGCAAGUGGGACCGUGUAACCACCACGGAACAGCAACUAACGGUCAGUGACGAUAUGUGCGAGGGUCCCAGCUCUCUGAGUGGACGACGUCAUCGAAUCGAAGGCAGUGCUCGUGGCAGUUCGGUGGGUGGACCAAGUAGAGUUCGAAGAUUAGGACAGAAACGUGACUCGACAGAAGUGAAAACUGUCAGUCCUCUACUCCCAGUCUACUGUGAUCAGGUAGACCAGACGAAAUUGACUGCUGAACAAGUUGUGGACUCCACUCCUACCGAUUUGUUGGUCCCUAAGGAAACAAUCAAUAUAUGUCCGACUUUGGGCGUCACUCACUUGGUAAUCAACUCAAAACCCGAACUAAUUUCGAACAUUUUGGAAGGGGUCAUUUUUAAGGAAGGCAGUGUCACUUCGCAUUUGAUUCGUUUCCAAAGCUUGUCCGACACUAUCCUACAUAAGCUUUAUCGAGGUUCUUUACAUAUGUUCAUCCAACCAGAUAUAAAAAAAGAAAUCUCCCCAACUGCUACUAAUGCGGAGAAUCCACCUCCAAUCAGAUCAACAAUGCUGGAAGCUCUGUCGGUUGAAGACAUAUUUGUAAAAAGACUUCAAGAGAGGGAAGCGAGCGAAUAUCCACCGUUUGCCUUACUGAUGCAUUAUUUACCUUCACCGGAAGAGAUCUGGGACUACUUGGGCUUGAGGAAAAAAAUGCCAACAAUAGAAGGUCCAAUAGACUUCUCGGUUGUGCAAUAUCCGCCGCCUAGGUCGCUUCCAGUUCAACCUGUUUCUUGGCUAUCAAGGACACCAUCUGAAUCAUCAGGAACGAGGUCAACUCCUACUGGGCGUCGCGCUGAAAGUUCGCGGUUAACUUAUUUCCAAUUCUACCCGUCAGGUUGUGGUGAUCCGAUUCCGGUAGAUCAGAAAGCGCCAGAGGCUCUAAGGCUGACUGAAGAAACUCAGGUACCUUUUGUUCAUACGACGGCAGACGAUGAACUCAUCUUGAGUAGUAAUUACAAUCGUCUACCUGGUGAUGACGAAUGGUCAUUUGACACGUCCAAGAAUUGGCGUCUAGACGAAUAUUGUCUACCUUCAUAUCGUCCUUCGCAACAGAAGAAUGAUCAACACAAUCAAGAAGAACCGAGAUGUUUAUCGCCUUUGUUUCGGAAGCAUAUUUAA